AUGCUGAUCCGUUGUCCCUGCCAGGUCCGACCGCCGCCGAGCAAGCAGUCGAACCCGCUCAACUUGCAGAUUCAGCUCGUGACGCCGUCGGCAGCCGGCGGCAGUGGAGCAUCCCGCGUCGCCUCAAUCAUCUCUUCUCGCUCUCAGCGUUCCGAGGCCUCGUCCGGCGGAGUCUCUUCAGUCAGCGGUAGCAACGCUCGCCGCGUCACGCCACUCUACAACCUCUCCUUCCACACCAUCUUGCCCACCGUCGUCACGGACGCGGGCACCGAUCAGAAAGUGGCCAAGUUCUCGCGCAAGGGAGUGGAGAUUGACGGCUUCGGCAUUCUCGAGCCGCACGAACUGCGACGCGAGUCGGUCACCAGCACCAACGCCGGCUCCGACGUGCCGCAACUCGUUCCCGGCGGCGGUCUGACGCCCGAUGGCCUGCGUCACACGGAAGGCUACUUCUGGGUCAUCCGCAAGCUGACGCGUCGCAGCGAUGGCGAGCCUCCUACCGAUGCAGCGCUGGGCGCAGACGGACAGAACGCAGUGCUGGCCAACGUCUGGCGGCGCUUCAACGUGCUUAACCGCGCCGGCAUCGCCAGUGUGCGUCACCCACCGCCCUCCGUGGCUGAUGACGAUGUCGGCUCCGACGGCGAAGGCUCCGACCCUGAAGACUCCGAGACGCCCUGGACCUGCCACCUGGUGCUUGGGCCCGAGACACGCAUCCCAAUCGCCUCGCUCGCUCCGGCGCCUCAUCACCCGAAGCUCGUCGGCCAGCUGGCGAUUCCCUUCCCGCUGCCCGACCUCUCGGCCUCUGCGCUCGGCGCCGACGGCGCAGGCCUGACGCGCGAGGAGCUCAAGGACAUCGUCUGCGUCACUUGCUUCUUCCUCACGAUUCGCGAGAGCUGGAAUGGCCUCGGCCUCAAGCGCAGAAAGGGCGAGCCGGCGUGGAAGCUGGCUGCUGCUCAGCGCGGCCUCUGA